CCUAAUUAUUUACAUGUAUGAUUUAAAUUUUCAAUUGCAUUUGGUUUGUCAAAAACUAUUUUUCUCAUUGAUCUCCCACCUAUUUGCAUUGUGGUAUCUGAGAACGUAGCCUGUAUGAUACUGUUUCUUUAAGUUUUAUUGAGACUUGUUUCCAUACAUGACUAGGUGCAGGAUUCUUUAUAAGCCUAUUACACCAAAUAUUCGUUGUUGCUCAAACCUUGCUUGUUUUAAGUAAUAUUUCGUCUUCUUGACAGAUGAGUUUUGAAAUUUCUCACUGUAAUAGUGGAUUUAACCAAUUUCUUCUUAUCAUUUAUCAUUUUUGUUCAUCAUUUUUACUUUAUUUGGUGCAUGCCAGCUUAAAAUAUUUGUAUCUUUCUGGGAAAUGAAACUAUCAUUAGGAACUUACCCUCUUUAACCCUAAUAAUGUUUUUCUGUGUUGAAGACUCCAGCCUUCUUUGGGUUUGUCCAGCAUGUCUGGCAUAUCUUUUCCAGUCAACUUCUUCAUGUCCUUAUGUAUUAGUUGUCUCUUUUAAAAGGCAUAUAGUUAGAUUAAAAACAAACAAACAACCUGACAAACUGUCUUUCAUUGGUAGGUCAAGUCCAUUUCCAUUGUGGGGGCCAUGAAGAUGCACCACUCAGCUCUGACAUUAGGAAGUGUAAUUGGGGGGCAGGGUGCUCUGGGAACCCACCACCCACCACCACAAUCUACCCCACAUUCACACAGAGGGAACACCCCUGCUGCUGGUCAAGGACUGAGUGUAGAGGGACACUGAGGCAGCCCCAUGCCUAGGAGAGCUCAGGCUCCUCUGAUGGCUCCAGGACUCCCCAUGAGCAUGGCUGAAACUCUCUUUAACUGCUCUACCCUCUGACACUCCUCCUAUCCAACCCUACAUCAUACUCUCCUUCCUUUUCAAAAGAACCUCUCCAAGUUAGUGACUGUCCCUGUGAUUUUCAGUGUAUAGAUGUUUCCAGCAGUCAGCCUGUUUUCUCAGCUCCUUUGCUCCCCGUUGUUUCUUUAAACCCACUAUUUUCAUCUGUUUCCUUCCUUCUUAAGUACAUUCUUUAGUAGUUCUUUCACCAACGUUGUGUGGGUGAUAACCUUAGGCUUUGCACAUCUGGAAAUAUCUCUGUUUUGUGCUCAGCCUUGAAUAACGGUAGAGUUAGAUACAGAAUUCUACAUGGACAGAUUAUUUUCGAGGUUAUCCUGGAUGUUCUGUGAUAUAAAAUAAGAUUUGCUUUGGGGACCAUCCCCCAAAGUUUUAAUGUGUGUGCUGAAUCCCCCUUCCCUUCUUUCAAUGUAUCAUGAUUUUAUUCUUUUACAAUCUUAGCUUUGUAAUAGAUGCUGCAAGACCUUGGGGAAAAGCACAGCGCCUUGUCGCCUUAUGUCCGUGCCCGCCCUACCUCCAUGGGUCAGAACACGUACUGAGGGAGGAAGGAAGGGAGGAGCAGGCACUCAGGGCUGGUCUCCCCCUCAGUCCCUCAGUGAUUCUCUCCUCCCCGGUCUAAUCUGCUCUGCAGCCCCACUGGGCUCAAACAAUGUGACCCACACACCUGGCUGCCCCUGCAAGAAUUCUGGUGGCCUGCGACUCUGCUUCCCUCUUCUCUCACCCCUCAAACAGGGAAAAGCCCUACGUCAUCCAGCCCUGGCACGAACGUGCACACUCAGAGUCCAUUCCCUGCUGCCCCCACCUUUUGGCGCUAGCCUGUCCCACGCUCCGUGGGUAGUUAAUUUCCCCAAGACCUUGGUUUUCUUUGAGGUCAGAGAACUCACCAUUAUCUGGGACAGUGCCGCCACUUGACAACUGAGGGAGCUCUCGGGGAAUGCAGAGAGGCACGGGGACAGCUCCAGUGAAGUCUGGGAGAUUGUAGGGGUGCUGCCAAGAUGCAGCUUGCGCGGCUACUCAGCCGGGAGGGGGAGGGAGAGUCCGGAGCGCGGAUGGGGUCUCUGGGUGGCUUUUGGAGGAUCGGCAGCCGCGGGGCGCGGACCACAUGGACAGCAGUCCCUCCUGUCACCUGGGUCCCGCAGACCCAGGAAAGAAGUCUCAGCGCAGAGGGCGAGUGAGCAGCGACAAGUGCAGCCUCUGUCCCGCCCAGGGCGCCACCUCCAAAGGCAGCGGGGGCUGGACGAACCGUGGGGCGGCCCACCCCGUCCUCAGUCCCGCCGUUGGAGGCGCCAGGCAGGGGCUGGAACCAGCUGGGGCGCCGGGCGGGGUUUCAGAGCUGAGCCCGGAGCGCCGGCCCCGCCAAGCGGGCGCGGAGCGGCGUGCGCCUGGGCGCCCACCUCUGCCCGCAGUGCCUGGGCAGCGGAUCCUCUGUGUCCUCCCAUCAGCGGGUUCUGCCAGCUGGAGGCCCCUCCCCGAGGCGGGAGCGGGCGGGAAGGCGGGGUCCGCCCGGCCCCAGGGCUCAUGCGCCAAUCCGACCCGGGGGUUGCGGCUCCAGAACUGGCGGCGCCCGGGCUGCGGAAGCGUCUCCAGCGGCCAGCUCCGUGGGAGAGCACAGAUGCAAACCGAGGCUCAGAGAAUGUAGUGGCUCGUCUAACAUCACACAGCUAAGGAUUGGCGAAGCCUGGAUUCACAUGGAGCCUUGUUCACCCCCCAGUUCUUGUUCCUGUCACCAUUUGACACCGGACAUCAGGUUCCUGCCCCAGCACAUAGUUGUAGGUCAUUCUAGCUCUUCUAUGUGGGAUGCUGCCACUGCAUGGCUUGAUCCCAACCGGCGAAUCCCAGACCGCCGAAACGGAGUGGGCAAACUUCACCACUCUGCCACGGGGCCAGCCUGAGAGGAGACUGUUUAAGGCAGCUGCAGCCUGCGUGCUGGGAGGUGAUCCUGAGAGCCUGUGUCACUGCUGUUGCUUCCUCUCUCUGUAGAGCCCCGUGGGCCAAGUGUGGCCGGCCCGCUGAUCAGGGGAACUCUCCCAUCUCAGGGAUCCUCCCUGGGCUGAGCCCUCUAGAGCCCUAAAGCCCUGAAGACCGACAGCUGUUGGAUUGUCUACCUUGCUCAGCUGGCUCAGGCCCUGCUGGUCAACAUGGCUGCUGGGAAGGGGGCUCUGCAGGGCCCUUCGGCUGAAAACAGAUGGCGGCUUAGUGAACCCGAGCAGGGCCGGGGCCGCAAGCCUGUGCUGCUGGAGAAAACGAACCGCCUGGGCCCCCAGGCUGCCAUGGGCAGUGGUGGCCGGGAUGAGGCCUGUGCCAAGAUGGCGCUGUCAGCAACCCCGGGCAAGCUCCGCCUGGGAAAGCCAAUGCUGCGAAAGGCGUGCUGGGCACAGGGGCAGAGCGCCUUCACCGAGGUGCCUCGGCCUGGGAGGAGGCUGGGGGAUGGGCAGGCCCACGAAGGGGAGCACAGUGGUCCUACAGGCCGGCCCGGUCCCCAGGAGCUGACCGAGGAUGUCCCCAGGGACCAAGCAGGUGGCACGGUCUCCUUGGUGUGGCCCGUUGGAGCCCGAGGGGAGCAGAGAAGCGCCUUCAGCAAACCAGCCAGGUGUCCAGCAGGGAGGCCUGGGCCAACCUCUGUCCUCCAGGGAGGGGGACCUGCAGAUGCGCUGGGGGAGCUCUUGGGUCUCAUCAACACGGUAGACGCCUCUGGUUGGGGCCAACUUUCAAAUUCUAAGAUUUUAGCGGCCGAUUUCUGGAACCUGCAGAUGUCGCCCCAAAACGCACCUCUCUGCAGCCCUUUGGUGGGUGCCCCCAUGCUGUGGCUCAAGCAGCCCACGGCCCAGACACCCACGCCCUCGGCGGCCUCCUCCACCGCCUCCUGGGCCCUCCUGCCCUCCACGUUCUCCUCCCUGGGCCUGUCCACCCAGAACUGGUGCGCAAAGUGCAACCUCUCCUUUCGCCUGACCUCCGACCUGGUCUUCCACAUGCGGUCCCACCACAAGAAAGAGCGUGCGACGCCUGACCUACAGUCUAAGAAGCUGAGAGAGGAGGCCCUCACUUGCCCCAUUUGCCACGAGUACUUCCGGGAGCGCCACCACCUCGCCCGGCACAUGACCUCUCACAGUUAGCAGGUGGCCGUGGAGCAGACAGCUGGGCACAGCGUCCAGCUGGCUCACCGGGCCUUCCUUUGAAAGGGCUGGUCACAGUCAUCUGCAGGGCUGUGUGCUUCAGCAUUUGUAGAUGAACAGCUCAGUCGUCAUUUGAAAAAGAUAACCAAGCCCCUGUGAUGUGUUUUGAAGGAAAUAAAGUCGUGAAAUAAAAUGAUGUGCUUUGCUCAUCCAGGGCAUGGUGACUAACAGGCACAAAGUGUUGGUAAUGUUUUCAAAAGUCGGGGCCCUACUCCUGUCACUACGCCUUUUGCUCUGUACAGAAGCAAGUUUGGAAAAGAGCCUGGGCUCUGGAGGCGGACAAAUCCGGAUUCGAAUCGCGGCCCUUUGCCUACUAGCCCUGACCUUGGACAAAUAGCUUUAACUGUCUGAGCCCCAGUUUUCUUAUCUGAAAAGUGGAGAUGAUGACACCUGUGUCUUAGGGAUGUUGUCAGGGUUACAUGGGAAGAUGUGUGGAGAGUGGCCAGCAUGGCGCCUGGCACAGUGUGAUCACUGAGUAAACGAUAUUUAUUACCAAGGUCCAUCAGUCCUUGGACCUUAGUCCAAGGUAGUUCAGGUAUUUGUUACCUGGUCCUUGGUUGUGGGUCUGUGGGUUGGCUUGGGCUGAGCUGGUCUUGUCUGAGCUUGGCUCCAGAUUUCCGGUGGAUGUAGGUCCAUGCUCUUUUUCUCUGGGACAGUUGGGCUUCUCUCACGGUUAUGCCAAGAGCACAAGAGGAUAAAUCCAAAUACACGAGCACAUCUCAAGCCUCUGCUUGGGUCACUUUCAUUAAUGCCCCUUUGGUCAACGCAAGUCAAUGGCCAAGCCCGAAGUUAAGGGGUGAAAUGUGCACACUGCCCAUGGUGAAGCCACGAGUGGGUGUGUAAUCCUUGUACAGGGGCCCGAAGAAUUGGGACCAAUAAUUCAACCUUCCACCUGGUCCAUGGUUCUUCACAUUCUGAAUAUGUGAAAAGGGAAAAAUGGGGAGGUCUAACACACCACACACACACACACACACACACACACUCCCCUUAGCUUUCAGGAAGUCAGCAUAUGCAGAAACUCAAUGCUGAAAACAUAAUGAGGACUGGGGUAGUUCUGGGUGCCAUUUCUUAUCUCUUGUCUGUGGAGUUUCUUUCAGUAACUAUCCUGUUUACCCACAUUUGUCCUUGUUCCUAAUAAUGCAGACCUCAGGUCAGGAGCUCUGAUGUGGCACAGGCCGUGUUGUGUGGAAGCCACUCGUUGGGAGUUCUUUUGAGUCAGUGCAGUUCCUUUGACUGGUUUCCACUUCACUGUCAGGAUCUGUUCAUUUGACCUCCAGUUUCCAACCCUCCACUGGGGCCUCUGUCACGGAGCUCAGGCUUGUGAUUGGGGAGGAGCUGGUGGGGGUCUCACACAGAGGCCAGCUAGCCAUCCAAAGCCCCUAGACUCUGCCUCUUCUCUCCAUCUCCAUGGAGCCCACCUUGUCCGAGGCAGCAGCAUGACCUGCCUGGCCCGCCCAACCCCUCUGUCCCUCUUUCUCAUCCUCCCUCACCUCCCACCCACACACCAUCCAUUCUCCACCCACAGCCAACCAUCCACUCAUUUACUGGCUUCCCUGGGCACCCAUGCUGUGCCAGGCUCUGUGCCAAACCCUGGGUGGGGGAGCAGUGAAUUCGCCCAUGAUCCUUAGGGUGUGAGAUGAUUAGAGUGCAGUGUGACAGAGGCUAAACAGAGGUCUGUGCUGGGGUGCUGGAUGUGGGGGGCUGCCUAAAUCAGACCUGUGGGUAGCAGGGAAGGGCAUGAGCUGAGCCUCAAAUUCCAGUGGGCGCUGGUGAUUCAGACAGGGAGAGCAGUGGCUAGGGAGAAAGGGUGGUCCCUGUAGACAUGCUAGGGUGGGCAAAGCCAGCGUGAGGAGGACUUGGGGGGGGGGCCCUCUGAAAUAAAGACAUAGGAAGGCCUCAAAGGAGAGGAGUUUGGACCAGGGCGGAGAGGGUCGGCUCCGAGUGGCACUUCGAGGUGGCCUCUGGCUGCAGUGGGAGGCUUGGGCUGGAGGAGAGGAGAUGACCCCCUAAGCCAUUUUCCUCUGCAUCUGGAAGGAGCCAGCAGUGUUGUCCAUAGGCAUCCCUCCAGGGCUUUGAACCUCAGGCUCCACACUGCACUGACAUCCAUUACAUCAUUUCAUCUGCCCAGCAUGCCCACGAAGUAGAUACUUAAUUCCCAUUUUACUGCAGAAGAAACUAAGCUCCAAGAGGUUAACUGAGUUUCCUAACACCAUGGGUUCAGGGGCAGAACACAAGAAUAAGACCCCAGGACCGCCCAACUCUGAGCUCACAUCCUUCCCAGCCUGCCUUCUCAGGAGGGCAUGGUGACGUGGCCUCGUGGUUGGUUCAGAAACUGGGACUGGGGACCAGGCAUUGUCUGAAAUUUCCACUUGCACCCUGCCCACCCCCGCCCCCCAUUUCCUAUCACUCUUCUUUCUUUAGCUCUUUUCACUGUUUUGCAUUCUAUGUACUUUACUGAUUUAUCCUGUUUAUGGUGUCUCCCAUCACUAGUCUGUAAGCCCCAUGCGCGAUUUUGGCUGUUUUGUUCACUGCUGCAUCCCCAGCAGCUGGAACAAUGUGGACACGUAGCAGCUCUUCAGCAGACACUUGUUGCGGGAACGAAGGAGAUGCCUGGUUCCAGCCUCACCCCUGACGAGUCUUGAAUCAGCUUCUCACAUGAGUUUUGCACCUGUCGAAUGGUGUGCACAGCUGUCCUCCUCUGGCUUAUUAGAUUGGUCCAUCAUUUCUGUGAAAUUAUUUUGAAAGGCAAAAUGCAUUAUGCUAAGAUACGAUAGAAAUUUAGAAUUGAGAGGGACUCCAGAUUUCCGGUCCAUCCCCUCCCUUUAUAGCAGGGGGCGUGGAGGUCCACUGAUGAGCUGGUCAAGGUGAGGACCCCUGAGACGUCUAGCCCUGUGUGUCUCCCCUGGCCCGCCCACACUCUUCGAGGAACCGCCACUAUGGCCUCAAAUGGAAUUAUUACUAACAGUGACCAUUCCACUCACAAGCAAGAGAGACAUUUGGAAAACAUUUAAAUUAAAGUUAUUGAAGAAGCACAAUGAGACCUCUUCCUCUAACUCAGCUUUUUAAGAUGGAGUUCAUUUUGGUAAAGAUGGAUGUAGAUGCAAGUUGCUUUGCAGCCAUUUAAGGUAACAAACUCACAGAUGACUUAUGGAGGUGAUGGCUUGGAGUUUAUUAACAUGGCAGUUCCUGCUUGUCAGCAGGCUGGGUUCCCAAAGUCCCCUUGGCAGUCAGAUCCUGUCUCCUCUGCCCUCCUGUAUUUACUGGAGAGUCGUCACUUCUAAUCUGACUUUGCCUUAGCGCUCUCUUCCACCUUCUGGAUCAGUUAAGAGUUGACGGGUGAUGUUGUCACAAAACAUCCCAUCAGCGGGUAUGCUUUUUACUCUACAAUUCUAGGUGAGAAGUGCCACAUUCCUCAAGUUCUCUCUAUAUCAUUUCAUCUGCUCUGCACCCCGAUCCUGUGAUUCUGGUAGGAUGUGCCAUCUGUCUUUUUCAAUUCCUCUCCUGUGUCUCAAGGUCACAGAAAGCCCCCCGACACCCCCACCUAAGAGGGUAUCUUCUCUUAGCCUCGUGAGGUCUCCCCAGGCCGUGUGGUGUCUGCCUCUGUGCUCCCAUGGCUCCGUCUCCUCUCUUCCACCUCUCCCAGAGUCUUGGGUCUUGGAGGUUUUCUGGCAAUGCUGUCACUAGGCAUGUUACACAGAAGCCACUGAGUCAAUGAACAGAAAGGCUUGGCUGACUUUUUGGGCUACAGAGGGGAAAAUAUUCAGGGCGGCUGGAAAAACGGCUAAUUAUAUCUUGAUAAAUUAUCUCCCAGCAGCCAGUCCAUUAAGAGUUAUAAAAGUCCCCAAGAUGUACUAAAAUAAGAGAUUCUGAAUUCAGAUUCAUUUUACUGCUCAAUUUUAACCAAGAUCUGCUUUUCUCUCUGUUUUUAUCCGGAGAGAAGUAAAACCUUGACAAGGCUGGGAUCCUGGACUUCCACUUCUAGUCAAUUCCUGGAUCGUAGACCAUGGAUCCUGCUCAAAUGCCCAUCUAAUUCGGUUAAUGACGUGAGUGAAGCCCACUGAGUUUGGGGGGCGGGGAGAGUGAAGAGGGGCGGUCCUGACACCUGGAGCUCAAUGGCUCUGGGUGAAGGCUCCUCAGCGCCAGGCUGAACACAACCCUCAAGAAAGGCCAGAAUCAGAACCGUAUGUGAAAUUAGAGGUCAACGGAUCCUGUUGUCUUUUAAACACUGACGGCCAAAAUGGCAUGGACUCAAGGAAGCUCGUCAGUGGUGGUGAUGGGGAGGGGCAAGAUCCCCCAGCUGGAGACCCCUAACUCUAUAUGCUCCCAGGCUUUGACGGGCCUGGGUGCUGGGCCUGGCUCUGCUGACUUCACCCAUCCACCCCCAUUCCUCUGGGGACAGGAAGAGAACUAUCUUUAGGAGUGAAAGUCGGUCCGGAGUUGUCCCAAGGGAAUUUUGCGUCCUUCGUUUCCUUGGAAGGCGCUGGUGCCCCCUGGAGGCAGCUGGCCUCCCCUGCAGGCCACUUCUCUGCAGAGAAAGGAUUCCCACGCCCUGGCUAUUUGCAUAACUUAUUUUCUCCUUUUUGUAGUAGAAGUCACGAGGAAGUCUAACGAUCAUACAGCAAGAUAUA